AGCGAAGAUUUGUACUCCUAAUCUCUACGCUCGCGAAGUACCGAAAGCGAAAUAAUGGUAUUUCAGAGUACUUUGUAAAACUGCCCUUCCGAAUAAAUGCAUUCCACGCUAAAUUGUUUAUUUUGCUCUUAAAAAUAUUCAACCACAAUCAACCAAGUUCAUAGUUAACGCAUUUCAAAUGCCAACCACUGCGAAGAAUCUGUACAAGGAAAUAAGCCGAAUCUCUUGUUGGGACACUUACGGUAGAACGAAGGUACUGAUAUUCCUGUUCUCCUUCAGUGCACUAGUUUCGUUUUUCAUUGCAUACGAAACCGAUGACGAGGAUGCUUCCAUAUCCGGCCAAGAAACAUACCGCAACAUCAAACGUGCCAAUGGAAAUCUGCUUAUUGUCAGCCUUCUCAUGACGUUCACUAUCAAUGCGAUUCUGACGGGGAUACAUUUAGGAGAAUGGUUUUUUCCUAAUAAAUUUCUCACUAAAGAGGGCCGCUUGAUCACAUCGAGCUGGACAUUCCGAUUUUCGGAAGUCUCGUAUGGUUUGAUAUCGUCCGUAUUGCUCCUCGGAAGUGCUUGCAGUUUGCUUUUUACGGAUAACUCAUUGGUUUACCACUGCACAAAAUGGUGGUUCUGCACAUCGACUACUUCAGCGCUGUUUUUCAGCUUCUUUACAGUCGUAACUACGAUGGCAAACUUUCUCAUCGGAUUGUGCGAGACCUUAAAGGAUGUGAAAACUCUAGAGUACCAUUUUGGGAAAUCGUACGUGGCUGUUCCCGUGGACAAUGACCGGAUGAUCAGCGAAGUUUGAGCAGCUUUAAUACCGCCAUGAAAGAAAGAACGUAUUCUGAUCGGCUUAUCACUGGAUGUCUGUAUCUAUCUAUAUUAAAUGUACAUACAUACAUUGUCAGUUCAAUAUUUUAACGUUCGUAUUGAUUCUGUAUACAAUUACUGAGCUCCGUAGAAAAAAACCAGCCAACUGAAACUGGUACCGGUACGUAAAAAUUAAUACUACCUACAUUUUUAGUUUUUUAUUCUUACAACAUCCCAAAAAAAUGGUAAGAGCUGCAACAUAGGAGCAUAAAACGACCAUAUA